UAUGUUGUGAAGGAGGUUGGAAAUAGACAAUAAUAUUCUUUCUCAUGAUCUGGAAAUAUGUUGUGGUGAUUGAUGUCGAACCCCUUUGUGAAGUCUAUGUCGAACACAGAAGUCGAGCGGCUUGUGAUUGCUGCCCGUGCUUCAUCUCAUAAUCUCGCAAUAUGUUGCGGAGAUCGAUGUCGAUCCCCUUCGUGAAUAAAUAAUUUUUAAGAAAUGUCGGGUAAUAGGGGGGCGGGCUUGACACCACAGGUGAAGUUGGUGGUUGGCUCGAAAAUGCAACGUGUCCCAAACAAAUCAACAAACUAUUUCCUCUUUUAUUCCCCUAAUUUUCCCUCCUUUCUCCAACCCAACCAUGGAAGCCUUGCUCCCAAUUUCUACCUCUCCCUUCCGAUUCCUUCCCACAGCCAAUGCCAGCCCUCGUCCCGUUUCUCCUUUCCCCCUCAAUUUGCGUUCAAAUUCGCUCAAUAAGCGGAGACGAACGCCCACGUUUGCGGCCAUUGAUGGCGCUUCGCUUGCAGCAGCAGCAGCCGAUCCCACUCAGGUUGAAAUCACUUGGCAGAUUGUCGUGGGAGCGAUUGCUGGAGUGACCCCGUUCGUGGUGGCCGGAAUCGAGUUCAGCAAGAGGAUUGUGGCUCAGAAGAGAUGUAAAGAAUGUGGUGGUUCGGGGCUUGUUUUGAUGGACAAAGACUACUUCCGUUGCCCUGAAUGCGGUGGUUUUUUGCCAUGGCAAUCGUGGAGGCGAUUCUUUUCGGGCUAAAGAAGACAAUCAUUAGUACGUCUCUUUUAAAGCCCUGUAAUUCUACAGAUUUCAAAGAAAGGGUUCAGGAUCUUCUUCCUUGAUGGGGAGGCGAGGAACAAAAGAAGCAAUCCGUUCGGUAAUUGUAUGUAUUUGUGGUAUAAAAAGCUAUUUACAAGUUCACCAAGUUUCUUAAUUAUUACUUGCAUGCUUAAUAAUGUUGAUAGUCAAUUGUUGAAUCCAAGUGCAUAAGUUUCAGGAUUAAAUUUUACCAUCAGCCUAUUUUUACAAGAAAGCUGUAAAAUCUCUUUAUAUUAGGCCAUUUUGCUCUUUGUCACAUGAGAUGUGCAGACUCAAGCAUGUUUGAUUAGGAUUAUGGGGGAUGUUGGGAAACAGAAUUUGUAAUCUCUGACUGAUUUCCACUAGCAUUAUGUAUGAUAAAGCACUCACAAA